GUAAUAUAUGAGAUAUCAGCAAAACAAGGAAAUACAGUCCUGAUUCCUGAACCAUGUCCUUCCAGCUUCACAAUUGGCAAAGGGAUCCAACAAAACAAGGAAACACACUUCUGAACACUGAUGUUUAUGCAUAUGGGUCUCUCUGUUGGACUACUAAGACAAGCUACAUAUACCACAACUCAUCUUGGAUCAUUCAGGUUGAUGUUUUCACCAACUCUUCCAGAGCAUGUGCUGCUUUUAUUUCUAAUAUGGACUACAAUAAUGACAAAAGAGUAGUAUUUCAUUAUGUGUCAUAUCAUUUCAUAUGGACUAAGUCUGCUGCAUCAUUUCGUUGCCUAUUUAUGAUUUUUAGGGAUGAGAAAACUGAUCAAGAUGAAAUUGGCCGAAAGCAGAGGAGGCAGGAAACUACAAUUAAAACUCUAAUUCAGACUAUCCGGGACCAUCUUCCAAGAGCUGCAAUUGUUGGAAGACCAAAUGUUGUCUUUGAGUCAUCACUUGUUACCGUACAUGCCACAAGUAACUACUUCAUGACUGCAUCUCUUGAUAGUACAUGGUGCUUUUACGAUUUCUCUUCUGGGUUAUGUUUGACACAGGUUUUAUCUGGCUUAGAAAGACAUGCCAUAAGUUUGAUAUAUAUUCCCCUACAAAUGCCAACUCAAAAGUUUGUAAAAGUAUACUGACAAGACAAGAGAUGGGAUAUCGCCUUUAGCUCUAUCAAAAAUCAGUUGGCAGGUUAGUUUUGUCCUUUCUGGUUUUUCACAGUUGUUCUAUGAUGUUUGAAAUUCUUUGUAGUCAUACUGGACUGAUGCUUGUUGUGGUAAGGUAGUACCUAAUAGUAUAGAUAGUAAGAAAUGUUAUCUCUGAAGAAAUUGUUCAUCUUUCGAUGGCUAUGAUUAUGGAAAAUAAGUGCACUUAUGUACAGUGGGAAACAAGAGAGCUAGCUAUAGUGGGAAUGCUGUCAAUUGAUUGAAACUAGAAGUGUUCAGAGUAUGUGGUUUUUCAGUUUUCCAUGUUUUGACCCUUCAAAUUCAUAUGUGGUUGACUAGUAAUUCUUAGGCAUAACUUCUAUAUCUGGGUGAUGUUAAAUGUUCAUUAUAUGAUUGAGAGGAUAAAUUAAAUUCAUUAGUUCUGUUUCCAUAGCUCCAAAAGUAGGUUCUUUCUGUAAGAUCAUUUAUUGCUGAAGAAGUUAUAUGUUCUAUCUAUUAGAGAUCCUAGUUACUCCCGGAUAGAAGUAAGAAUGCAUCAUGCAUC